UAUUUCAACCAAUUUUUCUGUCCUACAAAAAAAAAAAAGGUCAGUUAUUUCCUUUCACCUCUGAAUCUUGACAAUGGAGGAUGUGAUUGACAAUCUAAUGAGACGGGAAUUUGUCAGUGUUUGGGUGCGGGAUCCGCAAAUACAGAGGGAGGAUUUCUGGCAUGCCCACAUCGAUUAUGAAAUCUGCAUACACACGAACAGCAUGUGCUUCACUAAGAAGACGUCAUGUGUGAGGAGAAGAUAUAGCGAGUUUGUGUGGCUCAGACAGAAACUACAGGAAAAUGCUCUGUUAAUGGAGCUCCCUGAACUCCCUCCCAGGAACCCCUUCUUCAGCCUCAACAAUGCCCAGCAGAUCGGUGAGAGAAUGAGGGGGCUUCAGCACUUCCUGGAAGUAAUCCUACAGAACCCCCUCGUGCUGUCGGACAGCUGCCUGCACCUUUUCUUGCAGUCGCAGCUCAGCGUGACCAAGAUGGAGGCGUGCGCCUCGGGGCAGACGCGCUUCUCUGUGGAGCAGGCCAUCCAGCGCUGCGGGUGCAGGUUACGGCGUUUCCACUCCGAGGAGGAGCUGCAUGAAGAGAGCAAGGCCUUCUGUGACUCUGAUUGUGAGAGCUCUUCCUCUUCAGGACUGGGGCACAGCACUGAGGCUGGGACAGCGCAUGAGGAACAGACACCUGAAGACACUAGCACUCCUGGUGUUGUGACGGAGCCUGUCCAGGGAGAGCUCUCGAACUGCCUGUCAGAAUUGCCACGCGGGGAGCGGCAAGCCCUUCCCUGACAUGCCGCAUCCUCACCACAAUGCACCCGGGAGACUUUCCCA